UCACGAUAUCUAUAAGCAGAUAUCUGAAAGAAAAAAAUUGGGAAAAGAAAAUGGAUAAGUACAGGCAUGAUCAACCGGAUGAUAUUAUCCUGAAAAGACAAGAGAGAUUCCGAGAGCACUGGUUAAAAAUACAGGGUGGAAUUGGCAACUUGAAAUUCUACUGCAACCCUCUAACGGCCAUUGGUUCGUUUGUUCUGGUAUGGGCGUUGGUCAUCUGGGCGUUUACAGAUAAUGACAGUCACCAGUUGUUGCAAUCAGCAAAACAGUGGAUCACAGAUGUUUGGACAUGGCUGUACAUAGCUGAUCAAUUUAUAUGGACAGGAUUUGUUGUCUUUAUCUAUUUCAAGUGGGGACAUUUAAAAUUAGGCAAAGACGACGAUCUCCCUAACUAUGAUGAUUUAUCCUACUUCGCAAUGGUGUUUUGUACUGGGCUCAGUGCUGCAAAAUAUUACGCAGGAGUAAAGGAACCAAUUGACCAUUAUACCUAUAAAGGUUCCGAAGACAUUUUAACAUACUGGGGAAAGAAUUCGUCAAUGCAACAAGCGCAGAAUGCCAUCAAUCUAACACUUUUUCACUGGGGCAUACACGGUUUUGCCAUCUACACGCUCCCUGCCAUACUUCUAUCUUUUAUGGCGUACAGAAAAGGAUUACCCAUCACAAUGAGAACAACUUUGUAUCCACUUCUCGGGAAGAAAAUAGAAGGAAGAGCUGGAGAUCUGAUAGAUUUUGUAUCUAUCAUUGACAUCCUAUUUGGUGUAUCGGUUGGUUUGGCUAUUGGUGCAAACAUACUUAACAGUGGGUUGCACGAAUCGUUUUCUAACUUUGAUGUAGUUAGUGGGAAUCAAAUCGUGAUUGUUUGGUCCCUAACAGCAAUUGCAACUGUAUCAGUUUUAUCUGGUUUGAAUAUGGGAAUAAGACAUUUAUCUGUAAUAAGUUUAGUAGCAGGAACAUGUGUAUUUUUGGUCAUAAUAGCUAUCGAGGAUACUUGGUACAUCCUAAACCUUUUUGUUCAGUCAGUGGGUUAUUACUUGCAAUUUCUCAUUGGAACUGGUCUCUACACUGGUGCAUUCUCACAGACUGGCAAUUUGCCGAACCAGAAUCCUGAAAGCAAGAAUUGGAUACACAAGAACACCUUAUUUUAUUGGGGAUGGUGGAUCGCGGUUGCGCCUAUGACUGCCACGUUCAUCGCCAGAAUAAGUCGUGGUCGUAAAAUUAGCGAGCUGAUUCUGUAUUGCUGUUUCUUACCCGUCCUGUGUUUAUUUUUAUGGAUGACAGCGUUUGGUGGCAUUGCGAUUAAUAUGCAGCAUCUUGCGAUGAAUGGAAACAUUACGUGUGACAUGUACAACAACGGAAAAAGGAACAGCAACUACACUGUCUGGACAACUCAAUACAAAAAUGUCGAUAAUUUGGAAUGUCUAGAUGAAUCAGCUCGAUUUUUCGCCAUUAUCGAUAAAUACGACGGUGUUGCAAAGCUUCUUUAUUUUUUUUCCAUGCUGUCUAUGCUAUUACAAUAUGCGACACACGCUGACAGCGCUUCCCUUGUUGUUGAUAUAAUCUCCUCGAAUGGGAAAGACAACCCUCCUAUCAUGCAGAGAGUCCUGUGGACGCUCACACAAGGAGCUGUUGCGACCGCGUUGAUUAAAUACUCCGAACAUACUCCGAAUGCAGAAAGUACAACUGACGCAAUUUCGCCCAUCUCCAUCAUAGUUGCAUUUCCUAUGAUCAUAAUAUUGAACUGUUCGUGCAUUGCCUUAUGGAGAGUUUUGAGUAACGAGCGUUGUUUCAACUUAGACACGGAGUUUGUGGAGUGGCAUAUGUACUACGGAAACAUAAACAAGGUUUCUUUGUGGAAGGAUACUUUGAUUGCGUUAGUGUGUCCAUGGUUAAUCAUGGGCGACAUUCGGUUCAAACUGAACGAGGACAAAAAGUGGCAUUACAAGAUUUGGGCGUAUUUUAGUUUUGGUCUCUUGUUUUACUUGUGGAUAAUAUUAUUAAUAGUGGGAGAGUUCGUCAACAAUGUAGAUAAAUUCGGAUGGAUUAGUUUAUUGGGAUUUUUUGUUUACUCUGCGUAUUACCGACAGAUUUUACGACGUCGCCGACACAUUGCUGGAAAUAUUAUCGAGGACGUCAUUGUCAUGGUAAUUUAUCCGUUAACUAUUUUGCAAAUGCACGAAGAAUUACAUGUCGAACCGCAAAGUGACGCGCCACACCUUCCUCCGGAUGAAGAGGAUCAGUUUGAACCAGGAUCGCCUUCGUCCGGUUAUAAUAAGCCUGACUUUUCUCCAUCUGUGGUGAAACUUGAUAUGGAUGAUAUUAUCGAAGAAAAGAGUGAAGAACGGAGCAACAGAUCAGGAGUACAUAACAAUGGCUAUGCAGAGUCGACACUGUCUUUUUAGUAAUAUCAAAACAAACACUGAUACAUGUUUAUUUUUGCUGAAAUUGAAAGUUUAAUACUUGCAGUCUACAAAAAAACAAGCUUACUUUGUUGAAAGGUAGUAGAAAUUCGAAAUAGAAUCGAAGGGGUGACUUUUGACAGUGGAUACAAGAUUUUUUUAUAUAUCUAUAAUUUUAUGUAAUUUGUAAAAUUUAGUAAAUGUUAUAUAACUCAUACAUAAUUUUUUCGUGACCUUGAACCUUGAACACAGAAGAAGGAACAUAAAUGAUAAACCUUAGUCCGUCUCAGCUUAAUCGAAUAUAGCAAAUAUUUUUGAUCAUAUUUACUUAUCAUAUCUAAAAAAACAGAAGUGGUCUCCAUCAAACUUUCUCAAAAAUAUUUGACACUUAAAAGGUCUAAGUUAUUCCACAUUUUUGCUGCUCGAAAUGGGAAGGCGGUAUUGCUAAAUCCGUUUUGACCAAGGAACGCGUAAACCUGUUUUUAGAAGCUUCUUUUAUUUAGUGAUUGUGGCAAUUUUUUGCCAAAAAGAAUUUUGAACGCAUAUAAUCAGGAGCAAUGUGGUUCAUGGUUUUGAAAACUAAUAUGGCAUCGUUUUUGAUGAGUAAAUUAUUCAAUGAAUAGA